AUGUGCUUCGACCUCGUCCUUUCAGAAGAUAUAAAUUUUGUUUUAGAACUGGACCGGGCCACCAUCCCCUUUCCCGUCCCCAACACACUCACCAUCCCCUUCCCCGUCCCCAACACACGCACACCCAACGUCCUCCGCCAGCCGCCUCCUCCGCAAAAGCUAGAUUGCCUGCAGCCCGGCGUCUUCUCCGCCUCCCGGAACGGUCGCGCCUCGCCGUACGCGCUCGCGCUCACCGCGCUGCUCGUCGCGUCCGCCUCCCUCCUCGCGCUCAUCGCCUUCGGCGUCUUCUCGCUCCCCGUCUCCGCCCCCACCAACCUCGCCACCACCGGCGACACCGAGACCACCGGAUCCGGCACCGCCGAUGCCGCCGACGGCUCCUCCUCCCGCCACGCCCGCGGUCGCCGCGACCUCAGCGAGGGGCUCGGCGAGCGGGGCGCGCAGUGGACGGAUGUGGUCUCCUUGGAGUCCAGGGCGUUCUUCUACCACAACUUCCUGCUGAAAUAUUAUUUAGGUCUACAAAGUCGAAUCCUUGAACUUAUACAUUACAGUGAGAACAAAGCUCCUGCUGCCAAGCUCUUGAAGGGCAAUCUGCGCACCUACAGGUACUGCGACAGCGUCUGGACCUUCAACCUUCAACCUGAGAGACAUGACGUUCAAGAUCAAGGACCUUUCACAGGUGGCGUCAGCAGACGGCGUUGACUCCGGUGACCAGCUGCUGCAAUAUAUGCCUGCGUUGGGCAUGGUCGGUGGUUGUUAUGCGAUACUAGCCAUGACCGUCUCGGUUGUUCCAUGUGACAAUAUUCUUGGUCUAUAUUCUUGUAUUGAGGAUUCUUGUAUAUUCUUGUGUAUAUUCAAACAAUUGAAAAUGCAUCUAGUGGGUACACCUAGUUUUUGUGUA